AUGGCGUCGCUUUUCAGCUUUCCGUCUAGGACAGACGCGUUCUCAGCCUACCGUCCCAGCCGAAAUGCCCACACCGACAUCCUCACCGCUUCCUCCUCAGCCCGCACCGGCAGGAUCGUCACUCUCAAUGUCAAGCCGCCAAAGCCGCCUCUGGAUGAUGCGAGCAAGCUGGCGGCAAUCCAGGCCCAAGUACCCCUCGUUCUGAGUGGCAAGUCCACCGAAAUCUCGUUCAACUGCGUCUCGGACUUCUGCAGGAACCUGGUGCUGUACUCGGAAGCACCAUUUGAGGCGAUGUACAGGACGAUCGACAUGGAACUUGAGAAGAGCACCGAGCGGAUAGCAAGAGGGUGCCGCGCCGCCAUUAUGGCCCGGGAGGCCAAGUGGCUCGAGGUGUUCGUCUCAACGUGGGAGACCUACAUCGAGCUGGCGAGCCUGCUUUCGGCCGUUUUCGUCUACCUCGAUCGCGUACACGCCAAGGACGGCAGCGGUAUUCCCACCAUCAUCGAACGGGCAACUGCUCAGUUCCGCCAGACCGUCUGGGGGAACAAGCUGAUUUUCGAGAAGACCAAGGAUGACAUCCUGGCGUGGGCUGCGUCUGAGCGAGCGUCAUCCGAGGUAGACUUGGCUCAGCGGGUUCACGUCAAGUCCGUAGUGUCAAUCGCCAAGAACCUUGGGACGUUCUCGACUCUGGCACGCCCAUUAAUGGAGGUCACCCAGGAGUACUACGAGGACCUGGCCGCUACACAUGCAGCCAAUGUGCAGGAUAGCACGCUCACGGGUAUCGAGUUUGUCAAAUGGGCCCUCGACAAGGAAGUCGAGGAGCGGGAGCGCGCUGAGCAGUGCUUCUCACCCGAAACAGCCGUUGAGGUUGUGGACGUGUUCCGGCAUGUCACGGGCGAGAUGGUGGCAGACAAGGUCGUCCGGCAGGCGCUGGACGAGUCGCUGUACCGUGCCGACACGGACGCGCUGAGCCGCCUAUUCGUGUACAGCCAGCAGGCCAAGGCGUUCAAGGUGAUGGCCAAAGCGGUGCACGAUCACAUCGAGACGCGGAUACGCACUGUUAUUGCGGACCCCUCAAAUGACCGGCAGAUGAUCGAAUCAGUGUUCAAGCUCAAGCGGUUCGUUGACAAGGCUGUCGCAGACCUCUUCGAGGUCCCCGCCAAGCCGAUUGAAGCUGAAGACGGUGACGUCGAGAUGGAGGGGGCGGAGGCGCCCAAGCUCUCCCAGGAGGAGCGCAACAAGCAGCUCGAGUUGGAGGAAGCUGUUCGCUCCGGCUUCAAGGCAGGUCUCGGCAGCCGCAAGAAUGCGCCAGCCGAAUGGAUCGCAAAAUACUUGGACAGUACUAUGCGUAAGGGCCAGGGUUCGACGUCGGAAGCCGAGUUCAACGUCCUCCUCGACGAGAUCGUCGCUUUAAUCGGGUACACGCCAGACCGGGAUGUGUUCCGGGCCUUCUACACCAGUGGCCUGGCGAAGCGCCUCCUGCUCAACAAGAGCGCGAGCGACGACAUGGAGCGCACCAUGAUCGUCAAGCUCCAGAAGGAGAUGGGAGAGGAAUUCACCACUGGCGAUGUCAUGCUCAAGGACCUCCAGCUGUCCGAGACGCUCGUCAAGUCAUACCAGUCAGCUCGCGCCAAGGACCCCAGCAAGUUCAAGGACGACUCAGACUUCACGGCGAACGUCCUCACAGAAUCUGCCUGGCCAUCGUACCCUCUUCUGAAAGACGGGUGGAACUUCAAACUCACUCCUCAAUUGCAGUCGUCCAUCGACACGUUCACAGAGUGGUACGCGACGCAGCACAAGAACCGCAUGCUUUCGUGGCGGCACCAGCUUGGCACCGUUACCCUGACGGCUGUCUUCGACAGCGGUAGAUAUGAGAUCGGGGUUAGCCUGUUCCAGGCCGUCGCGCUACUCCAAUUCAAUGACGACGAUGUCCUCGACUUUACAGAGCUCAAAUCGCGAACAGGCAUUGAGGCAUCUGAGCUGGUCCGUACGCUCCAGUCCCUUUCAAUGGGGCGAAAGGGCACACGUGUGCUAAUCAAGCGUCCGGCAGGCAAGGAGGUGGAGCCGACAGAUAAGUUCGCGUUCAACAAGGGCUUCACCAGCGAGCGCAUGAAGUUCAAGAUCAACCAGAUCCAGCAGGACCUUUCGGCCGAGGAGUCGCGGCAGACGAACGAACAGGUCGCGCUCGACCGUGUAUCCGUCCUCGAAGCGACCAUCGUCCGCAUCAUGAAGGGCCGCAAGAAGCUCACGUUGCAACUCCUCAUCGACGCUGUCGUCAGCGACGUGUCGAAGCGCUUUCCACCGGACGUCAAAGAGAUCAAGAAACGUGUCGAGAGCUUGAUCGACCGCGAGUUCCUCAAGCGCGACGACGAGGACAAGAACAUGCUCCAUUACCUUGCUUGA